AUGGCUGAUGGAUGUACUGAUCAUUGUAGGCGCACUUUACUUAACUUCUUGGUUUAUUGUCCUAAAGGAACUAUCUUCCUAAAGUCUGUUGAUGCUUCUCAUGCCUCCAAGACUGCUGAAUUAUUGUUUAAGCUUUUUAAGGAUGUUGUCAACUUUGUCGGUCCUGAAAAUGUUGUUCAUAUAGUGACGGACAAUGCUACAAAUUAUGUUGCUGUUGGAAGGUUGUUGGAAGCUAAAUUCCCUAAGUUGUAUUGGUCUCCUUGUGCUGCGCAUUGUAUUAAUUUGAUGUUGCAAGAUAUUGGAAAGUUGAAUGAAUUCAGUGAGAUAGUUUCACAUGCUUCAAAGAUUACUAAAUACAUAUAUAAUCUUUGUCAUCCACUGUAUCUUAUGAGGAAGUUUACCGGUGGACGAGAAAUACUUCGUCCAGCUCCAACUCGCUUUGCUACCAAUUUCAUAGCUUUACAGAGUAUUCUGGCUCAAAAAAAUGCAUUAAGAGCUAUGGUAACUUCUAAAGAAUGGACAAUCUCAGCCUACUCCAAAGAAGCUAAAGCUAAAACAUUUGUGGAUCAAGUUUUAGACUCUAAGUUUUGGAAUCAAUGUACAGAUGUUGUCAAGCUUACUGAGCCACUUGUUCGUGUGCUUUGUAUUGUGAAUAGUGAAGAUAAAACUGCAAUGGGUUUUAUUUAUCAAGCUUUUAAUAUGGCUAGAGAAGAGAUGGUGAAGAGGUUUUGA